AUGAGAUGGGGUGAAAUAUCAAAAUCCACAUCAAAGUUUUGUGGUUUCUACGCUGAGGUUGAAAGGAAGAACCAAAGCGGAAAAUGUGAGGAUGACAAGAUAAAGGAUGCACUCCAGCUUUACCAAGGUGUCAUGGAAGAAUCUUUUAAAUUUAUUCACUGCUGGUUAAUUUUGAAGAGAGAGCAGAAAUGGAAUGAGUUUCUGGCAGAGAAGAUGGUUCCAAAAACAAAACAAGCUCCAUCUGCUGCACAAGUUGAUCCAAACCAGACUCCUUCAAGUGUGCCUCAAUUUACUGAAGAGAACUUUGUUCGACCAAUGGGCAGGGACAGUUCAAAGAAAUUAAGGGCUGCCAACUCAGCUGCAAGCUCAACAGGGUGCCUUGAAGUGCUUCAAAAGAUUCACAGUGAUAGAGCCAAGUAUGACGCACGACAAGAGGAACUUGUGAUGGAUGAGUCAAGAGAAAUUGCUGAGAGGUACGAGCGGAAGCUGAAAAUACAAGAGGAGACAAUGAAAAUCCAUUCGGAGUCUGUGAGCAUUCAGAAGGAGUUGCUGUCCAAGCAGGUGGCUAUUCAACAGCAAAUGUUGGAGCUGCAAGAGAAAGAGCGUACGGAUCGAGUGAUGAUGGCUGACCUAGAAAAAUUUUCACCCUGGGUGCGCGAGUUUUACAUACAGGAGCAAAAGGAGAUAGCAGCAAAGAGGAGGAUGCAGGGAGGCCAGUCAUGUAGUGCCCAUUCUGCUGAGAAAUGA